UUUUUCAUUUUCAAAGCUUGAAGAAAAAUGAACUCGUACGAUGAACAGAGACUGAGAGAUGAAGUGAUUUAUCUUCAUUCUUUAUGGCAUCAAGGCCCUCCCAGAAUCCCUAACCCACCACCAAACCAAUCCAACGACACUCGCAAUUCAUCAAGAAACCCCCAUAAACCCACCACCACCUCGCCUUUGAAGAAACAAAAGAAGAUGAGAAGUUCCAAAAAACUAAACAUUGUCGAGAACAAAUCUGGCUCCGAAUCAGACUCCGACCCGGAUCGUGAUUGGGGCCCCAAAUGGCCUGUCAACUCUCCACCCACCGCUGGCUGGGGAGAGGUGAAACUGAAAGCAGAGUCGAAAGCUGGGCCUUUGUCGGCCGGAGAGAAAGCGAAACAGUUGGCAAUGCAAGUAGAGCAGAAGGGUCUUCAAGCUUGCCAGGAGUUUUUCUCUAAUAGAGAUGAAAGUGAUGAAGAAGAGGAUCGCAUUUACGAUGAGGAGUUUGGUGAGAUGGAUUAUUUGACUGAGGAUGAUGAGGGUUUAGAGAGUAAGGAGUUUAAUUUUUUGCUAGAAUUGUUUGUAAAGGAUGAUAAGUUGAGGAGUUACUAUGAGAAGAACCACGAUAGGGGUGAAUUUUGUUGCUUGGUUUGUCGUGGGAUUGGGGAGAAACUUAACAAGAGGUAUAAAGAUUGUUUAGGCCUUGUUCAGCACACAAUUUCUAUAUCGAAGACGAAGAGAAAGAGAGCUCAUAGAGCUCUUGGGCAGGUUGUGUGUAAGGUUCUUGGAUGGGAUUUUGAUAGUUUGCCAGUGAUUGUGUUCAAGGGUGAGCCACUUGGAACUUCUUUGGUGAAUUCCGGCGUUACACAGGAUGAAGCGGCAAAGGCAAAUGCAGAAGAUAAUAAGGAAGAUAUGACUGUUGCUCAGGAAAACGAGGGCUCUAGAAGUGGAAAUGAUGGUGAAAUUGUUGAGAAAGUGGUUUUAGAUGGUAAUCGAAAUGAUGGUGAAUUGAUGAUUGGUGAGUUGCAGAGCUCUGUCAAGGUAGAUGAUGCCGAAAAAGCUUUUAAAAAUUUUGAUGGCAAGUUCUUGAAUGUUGCAGAUAAAGAUGUAGCAGUGAAUUGCUGGGUAGGUGAUGUCGGUAAAUGUGUUGAAAAUCUUGAUAGCAAGCUUUUGAAUAUGGAAGCAGAUAAAGGGGUUGCAGUGGAUUGCCAGGAAUCUGGCCCAUCAUUGGCCACUAGCAUGGGAUGGCCAUGCUUAAAUCCUGUUGAUGAAUCCUCUAUAGUAGGUCCAGGAUGGCCUACCUUGAAGCCCCAUACGCCUUCAUUAGUUCGCUUACCUUCUGCGGAAGAGCAAGCAAAGAUAGAUGCAGUGCAGUUGCAGCAGAAAGUCUCAGACGCUUGCCGAGAAUUCUUUGAGAAAAGUGCUGGUUCAGAUGGUGAUCAAAGUGAUGAUGAAGAUGGACCUGAGGACAGUGAAGAGUUCAAGUUUUUUCUGAAGGUCUUCAUAGAGAAUAGUGAGCUCAGAAGUUAUUAUGAGCAAAAUUAUGAAGGAGGGAAGUUCUGUUGUCUGGUUUGUGGUGGGAUUGGAAAGAAGGUUUGGAAGAAUUUUAAAAGUUGUCUUGGGCUUCUACAGCAUUCCAAUGCAAUAUUAAAGACAAAAAAGAAGCGGGCGCACAGAGCUUUUGGUCAGGCAAUUUGUAGGGUUCUUGGUUGGGAUAUUGACCGUUUUCCAACAAUUGUGUUAAAAGGCGAACCUCUCAGCCACUCCUUGGCAAAGUUGGGCAUGUCACUGGCUGAAGUCGAAGCAAAUGCUGAUGAUUAUAAGGAUGGUUUAAGUAAUCCCAACAACAAAAGGAUAUGUGAAGUAGCUCAAAAAGAGGAUUCAACGGUGACAAUUAGUGAGAAUUAUCUAAUUGAAGAUGAUACCAGUAAGCAUGCUACUAAUGUUUGCAAUGGGAUUUUGGCUAUGGAGAGGAGUCAAGAGGGAGCAACAGAUGUCUUGGUACCUCAGGACAAAGAUGGCAUUGCAAAUUAGUUGAGAUUUCAACAUGGUAGUGUCUCUCUGCAGACAGAAAUGGAGGAGAAUGGAGGAGAACCGUUGUAAUGAUCUUUGAGAAGACAGACUAUGUCUUAUUUAAUGGGUAUUAGCAACAGAAUUCAUAGGAAACUGCCAUCUUUUGACUUUUGGUCUCUUGGGCUGCUAUUGCCCACCGUAUUGCCUUCACUAACCUCACUUUUCUUAGUUUUCCUGUACCUCUUUACAUGAUGAUUAAUAGAUGCUUUUGGUGGCAUAUUUGAGGUGAAUAC